UGUCGAACGGGCUAAAAAAAAGUGUGAAUGUGGAUUGUGUAGACCUUUUGAAAAUGUGACAGAUAUAAUAUAACAAAUUUGAAAGAGUGUAAAAACUUUACACUAAGUUGUCCACUUAAGAUACUACAGUUAUAUAAAUUACCAAAUAACAAACACCUCAUUCAAACCACUACAAACAUGGACACGAAACUCUUGGCCAUUAUCAGCAUCUGUUCAUGCUUAAAUUUCGCAAUUGCUGACCCAAUAAUUCAGCUACCAAAUGGUAAAAUACGUGGUCGGCAGGGAGAAACGUCUCAAGGUAACACCUACUACGGUUUUGAAAAAGUACCAUACGCUGCACCCCCUAUCGGAAAACUACGAUUCAAGGCACCACAACCCCCAGAAACAUGGGACGAUAUUCGAGACACCAUCGGCCGUGACGUUUCGUGCUACCAACAAUCCGCAAACGGCGACUUCGAGUCCGAAGACUGCCUAUUCGCCAACAUUUACACCACCGUUCUUCCCAGCGAAGACAACACCACCACCUUACCAGUGAUGUUUUUCAUGCAUGGUGGCGGCUACGUCGGCGGUUCAAACAUGUGGGAACAACCCGAAAACUUUCUUGAUCAUGGAGUCCUUGUGGUCGUCAUUAAUUACAGACUGGGACCUUUCGGGUUUCUUUCAACCCAAGAUGAAGUAAUUCCUGGAAACAACGGUCUGAAGGACCAGCAGCGUGCAAUUCAAUGGACCUACGAAAACAUUGCCUUGUUUGGAGGUGACCCUAAUAUGAUAACGAUUUUCGGGCAAAGUGCGGGGUCAUCCUCUGUGACUUAUCAGCUGUUGAAUAGAGGUAUUGAAGGCAUGAUACGGGGAGGAAUUUGCGAAAGUGGCUCUUAUCUGAGCCCAUGGUCUUAUCAGAGGCGUGCAAGAGAGAUAGCGUUCGCUACAGCGGCGAUUUUGAAUGACACUUUUCUCACAAAUAACAAUUCCGAAGAUUUGCUUCAGUUUUUGCUGACUGUGUCGGCUAAAGAGUUGGAUGAUGCUUCAGAUAAAUAUCACGAUAUUGAAACUCCUGCGGACCUUGAAUUGUCACAAGGAUUCUAUUGGGCUCCUGUCGUAGAAGUGAAAAAUGAAGAUGCAUUCAUGACUAGAAAAAUGUACGGGUUGCUUAAGGCUGGCAACUUUAUUAACGUACCUAUAUUAAUGGGGAUUAACUCAGAAGAGAUGCUGUUUAAUAAUUGGGAUCAUGACAAGAUGAAAGAAACUAUGGCUAUUUAUGAUGAGCAUCCUGAAUGGUUAGUACCCAAGGAUAUGCUCAUUACCGAUGAAGACAAACUUUUGGAAAUGGGACUAGCUAUUAAAAAACUCUACACCGGUGGAGAACCGCUUGCUGACCAUCUCGGUGAUGGAAUCAGGUUCUACAGUGAUAAUUCGUUCACAAGAUCAGUGAUAAAGUAUGCCGAGAUAGCAUCACAGUUUUCUCCUGUCUAUUUCUACGAGUUUUCGUUUGAUGGUCAAAUCGGAGGUUAUGAUAUUAAUUAUGAGGGUGCCGAACAUGUUGCUCACAAUGAAGAACUCAACUAUAUUUUUGGAGAUUCCGACUACCACGAAUAUCCAGAAGCGGAUCAGUUAACUCAGCAAAGAAUGAUAAAAAUUUGGACAGAUUUCGCUAAAUAUCAAAAUCCCACACCAGAACCCACGGAGCUCCUACAAAACGUAACAUGGCCUUUGGUGAAUACUGAAGGAGGAGAUUUUUUGUAUGUCGAUAUCAACGAGAAUCUUGAAAUUAAGAAUCAUCCAAAAGAAGAGACUUACACUGGAUGGAACGUGCUAUAUGACAGUUUAGGUUAUGAUGAUUUUGACACCUAUUAAAGUCAAAGUGUAAUGAACUUGCGGAUUUUGACAAUUAAAUAUGUC